CCGUUUCCCUGUGCCUCGCAUCUCUGAGGGAUCAUCGAUCCCUCUGGCCUAUAAAGUAACCUCUUUUUAAGGCCAUGCCCGCUUGAUCUCAGGUUUUGGGGAACAGCGGGUAACCAUUUGAAACCAAAGCAAGCCGAUGGAUGGUAAAUGAGACUUUCCGUGAACAUGUGACCAGGUGGUGGUUUAAGUGACCGGAACACGAGCGGUCGGAUCCUGAGUGGGUGAGAGGGAUGGAGGGCGGGGGUUGAUAUGCCUGCGAUAGAGAAGGGACUUUUCUGGGGGGGGGUCAUCAUUAUAGCGAGCUGCUCCUCGAGUGAUCCAGCUGAGCCCGGACCAGCUGAUUCAUCAUGGCUCUGCUCAUGGACCACCAGUUCAGACUGCUCCCAGCGGACAAACAGGUGGAGACGAGACCCUUCCUGGAGGCCUGCUCUUAUCUCCCCUUCUUCAUCGAUUGUUUAGGUCCUACGCUGUUUGCUCCCAUCAAGGCUGAAAUCACCGGGAACUUAACAAAGAUCAAGGCUGUUUACGAGAGCAACCCUGUGAGGUACAAGACGCUGCAGCAGAUCCUGGAGGCCGAGAAGGAGCAGCACGGCUCCCAGUGGCCCAGGGUGGGGGCCACCCUGGCCCUCAUGUGGCUCAAACGGGGUCUCCGGUUCAUCCAGGUGUUCCUCCAGAGCGUGGCGGACGGGGAGCGGGACGAGGCGAACCCCAACCUGCUGAGGGUCAACUUCAGCAAGGCCUACGACGCCUCUCAGGAAGUCCACGGCUGGCUGAUGCAGAACCUCCACAAGGCCAUAAUGUACGCUGCUCCCUAUAAGACAGACUUCCUCAAGUCCCUGUCGAAAGGUCGCGAGGUCAAGGACGAAGAAUGCUUGGAGAAAAUCCGAAAGUUCCUCAACAAUUUCUCGGCUACAGUGGACACAAUCUACGAAGUGUUCUCCAAGAUGAACGCAGAUUUAGAGUACAAGGGAUUCCUCUCCCUGUCCUCCUAA